UGGCAGCUUCCUUUUUGAAAAUAUUCCCUCGUAUUUUUUCUUGAAAUAAUCCCACUGAAACCACAUAAUGUCUCAUGCUCACCGAAAUUCUAAACGCAAGUAUGUUGCACAAGAAGAUGAAGUACCUUAUCAGGCUAAUGCAAUUGCAGGAAAGAGGGAAAGGCUCUCUUCUGAUGAUGGAACAAUAUCAAGGACUGGGCGAGUUCGCAAAAAAUCAUCAAAAAUCUUGGAGAUGGAGGAGGGGCGUGAUGACCUGGAAGAGGCUCUUACUGGACGAAAGAAAAGGAAGUCCGAUCCUGAUAAGCAAGUGAAGCCGGUCAAUUUCUUGCUACAAUCGGGUAAGAAGAGGAAAAGUGUGGAGGCAACUUCAGCAGGAGAUGACGCCGUACUGAACUCACCAGAACAAGAUGCUGAGGAAUCUGAAGUGGCUUCUCCCCGGUCGUCAAAAAGAUCUAGGGCAAGGAAGGGUGAGAACGUCACUUCACCAGUGGCAACUCCUUCACUGUCAAAUAUUAUAAAAACAGAACCAGAUGGAUCUCUAAAGAUGACUCUUCAGCUUGGGCGAUCACCUCCUGAAGCCGCUGGCACAAGAAGUUCAAAGAAGUCACGAGUGAAAGUAGAGCCAUUGUCACCAUUAGCUCUGGAAGUCCCCGAACAUCCUGAUGUGACCAGUGUAUUGGAAGGAAAUAGUGGUUUGAAAAUGAAAUUGAUUCUUUCCCCGGCAAAAGAUAAACCUGCUGCCACACUUUCUUCUCCGGAGGCAGAGACAGCUGAGGACAAAAAGAAAAAGAAGAAAUUGUCCAAAGCAGAAGGCAAGAAGAAAAAAGGAAAAGAGAAAGAUGGGACUGGCAUUGAGAAAAUCAAAAUCAAGGACAUUUUAGCUGCUCAGCAGUUGGCAAGAGAUGCUAAAGCCCUGGAGGAACAACAAGAGCGAGAGUUGGUACAGAAGAGUGCUCUUGCCAUGCAUCUGAGUCUACUUCCCAGAGGUGCUCCUCCUGCCCUCGAGUCAUCACCACUGCCAGUUCCAGAGAUUACCAGUUCUCCCACUCAGGUGGAAUCCAAGUCAAAGAGGAAGAAGUCAAAGAAGAAAGGCAAGGAGCAGACGAUUCCAGAGAUUGCAGAGGAAAUCCUUUCAGGCAUUGGUGCUGGUGAUGAUGAAAGCAAUAGUGUGGAUGGAAAUCUUGAGAUUGAUCUGACUCCAAAGGGCAAAGCAGAUAUAUUGAAAAGGAAGAAGAAAGAACCAAAGAAAUAUUCACCUGCUAAAAGUCCCAAGAAAAAAGUUGCAAAAGAAAAGGUACCAUUGGAGGUGCCAGUGCUGGCCAUUGAUGACAAUAACGUGACCAUCUACGGUAACACAGACUACAUGGCCAUGAAGCUGAUGACAUCACAGGAGAAGAAAGACAGCAAGAAACAAACAAAGGCCAAAAAGAAAGCUCCCGGUGAAAAGCGCAAGAAGCGCCGCGGACCAACUGCCUACAUGUUGUGGUGCAACUCGUAUCGGAGUAAAGUGGUGGCGGAAAACCCUGAAAGAGACUUUGCUCAGAUCAGCAAACGUUUAGGUGAAAUAUGGCAAGGUUUACUUGAGAAAGAAAAGUUGUCUUGGAAACGGAAAGCGAAGAAGAUUGCUGCGAAAGGUUCCACCCUAAUCACCACAGGCAAGUUGGGCAAGAAGGCAGGAAAGAUGGCAUUUGCAGCUUCCUCUAAGAUCACAUCCACAGGGCCUGCUGUCAAGACAGGCAACAAAUCGGGAGAAGCUGCUGAGAAAGUCUAUGAGGUGCGCAAUACCAAGGCGGUUGAUGUGGCAGCCCAUCUGAAACUGCUUGGAGAAAGUCUGAGUAUCAUUGGCAAUAGGCUUACUGAAUCAAGGGGUCAGAUAGCUGUUCAAGGAAGUUUGUCGGUCAUGUUGGAUUCCUUGCUGUGUGCUCUUGGACCACUCUCGUGUCUCACGUCAUACGUGCCUGAAACGCAGGCGAUCGAACCGAUCACGAUGGCACAGACCCUCGACAAUAUUGCAUACAUCAUGCCAGGCUUGUAGUGACAGUGGAAGUAUGCAACACCAGAAAAUGCUUUCUGUUGAUAGCGAUAAUCUCUUAUUCGGGCAUUGCAAUCUUUCCUGGUUAUAUUUUACAUGAAAUGGGGGCACAUGAGGCUCCAUGAGAUAUGAGUGAUGAGUCUCCUUCCCAGGUUUUAUGCUGUUAUUCAGCAGGAACGUUUUUAUGAUUGUCCAUAUAGGCAGCACGAGUUAUUGAAUCUUGAUAGCUCAUCACCAGACAGACAAGGAUGCCCAGAGGGCCAGUUGGAGCUCAAGCAAUCUGUAUUGCCCUUUACUCCUGCCGUGCUGCACAGAUUCAGCCGUGUGCUGGUAUAGCUUGAUCGAGCUGUCUCCAUCAAACUCCUUGAUAAAGCUACGCCAUCUCCUGGCAGGGUUCUUCUUGGAGGGAUUGUAGCCCGAUUUGGUGACGGCUCACAAAACGCGCAUCCUUGUCUGACUGAUCGCAGUUGAUUAGAAGAGUUGAUGUUUGGAAUUCUUUUCCAACAAGAAUUUUGACCUUGUUCAUGAACCAAUCAUGUUGGAUUAUUGUACAUAUCUGUUAAUAUUAAUGUUGUCCAAUGUGAAAUACAGUGAAUAAAAUGUUAUCAUUUUGAAA